AUGUCGAAGCGCGAACAGCAGGGUAUCGACAUGGUGAAGACGAUUUGGACACCGGACACGUUCUUCCCAAAUGAGAAAAAGUCGUUUUUCCACGAGGCCACUUCACACAACUCCUUUCUUCGGAUCGAUAGCCAUGGAAACGUAUUGCGGAGUAUUCGACUGACCGUAACCGCUAAUUGUCCAAUGAAUCUGCAUACGGACACGGAACAUUCCAUGGAUACGGUUUUUCCCGUAAAAAGACCCACUCCACACCAUCAAGCAGAUUGA